AUGCCAUUCUGGUCUCGGAAGGGGUCAAAGACCAAAGCGGCGGAUAGGUCCAAGUCAGUGGACAAGCCCGAGUCCGUGUCCAGGGAGGAAGAAUGCAGGGAAAAGUACAACUACGCGAGGAACCGGUAUCGUCGACUGGUUCCCACCGACACCGUUUGUAAAACCGGUGAACAAGAAGAGGUCGAGGAAUGGGCCGAACAAUACACCAAAGAGGUAGCACUGGGCAUCCUCAUCCUCCAGCGCCUACAUCGUCUGCAGUUGCUCGGGUCUCUCACCUCAGAAAGGCUCCGCCGGCACGGGGAAACUCUCACCAAAGUGAACGACAGCACGCCACCACCGGCUUACAGUAAGCCGGCGCAGGGGCAUCCUCACCUGGAAGCCGAGGUGAUCGAGCUCCGCAGAGACUACUGGAAGCAUCAACUUCGGUUGCAGGACGAGUACCGACGGCGUCCACAUCCGACAAGUCCACGCAUGGACCUGUUUCUGGUCGGCCAUGAAUAUAAGAAUCAGUAUGGCUAG